GUUGUUUGAAACUUCGUCUCUGCCCUGUGAUCCUCAGGCAAGUUUAUUAGGGUACACAAUGUAUCACCACACUGUGUUUUCUAUUAAAAAACUCUACUUGUGACUUGGGGAGCUUUUAGGCUUCUCCAUUGCUGUUUUCUUCUUCUUCUUCUUCUUCUUCUUCUUCUUCUUCUUCUUCUUCUUCUUCUUCUUCUUCUUCUUCUUCUUCUUCUUCUUCUUCUGUUUUCUUCUCUCCUUCUCUUCCUCCUCCUCCUCCUCCUCCUCCUCCUCCUCCUCCUCCUUCUUCUCUCUCUCUCUCUGUCAAUGAGUAUUUGCCUAUGUGUAUGUCUGUGAACCACUUGCGUGCCUGGUGCCCACUGAAGCCAGAUGAGGGUGUGGGGUCCCCUGGAACUGGAAUUGCAGAUGGCUGUGAGCCAACAGGUGGGUGCUGGGAAUCGAGCUCAGGUCCUCUAGAAGAGCAAGCAGUGUUCUUAACCUCUGAGCUGUCUCCUCAGACUCUGCUAUGCUCUUUCGAUGGAAGGUAUUUUUUAGGAUAGUUGUUUAGAAAGUAUAGGUCUCCCAGGUCUCUUCACUGCAGCUCUCCCCAACUGGAUCUAGGGUGGACCCUUUGUUCUGUGGACUCCUCUCCUCUGGGUGUACUAGUGAGCGACUGCCUGAGAACCUUCAGUUCCAAGGCUCUGCUUGUGUAUUCUUACUGUUCUUUUUUAUCCAUCAGUGGUGAUGUAUGGGCCUGUUUCCCCAGCUGCUGUUUCUGCUGAGAAAACCUCGUGAGGAUUAUUGAGACGCUCCUGUGUCAGGAGCCACUGUUACCUUAGCCCCAUGUGCAUUUCUUUAGGGUUGUCUAGAUCAGCAUUUGAUGAAACCUUUAAUUUGUAUGGAUCACUUUUUUUCAAAUUAUGUGAGAACAUAGUUCCUAAAAUAAUGUCUUCCAUAUUUCUCUGUCUUGUUUUUGUGAGGGAAGACUUUACAUAUCAUAGGCUAGCCUUAAACUCCCUAUACAGAUGAGACUUGACUUGAACACUUGGAACUGUGUCUAUCCCUUCCAUGAACUAAAAUGAUGGACAUGGCCCACCAUCCUGAAUUCCUCUUUUCUCCUUUAUUCUGUGUUGUGUCACGUGAAUCGGUUGCAUCCCCUCCCGUGCGUGUUACUGUGUUGAUUGGCUGAUUCAUUGGCUGUGUGUCUGUGUGCACAUGUGGAACCACUUACCAUGCUGUUCCUGUGCAGGCUAGAGGAAAGUUUAGAUUUCUUUCCUUCCACAAUGUGGGACCAAGGUCCCCAGACUGGGCAACAAGAGACUGUCCUGGGAUAGAAUUACCAGAACUUGUGAAAUAUUAUAGGAUCAUGUCUUCUAGGCUAUAGCUUGAAUUCUAAUUAGUCUUAAUAAUAAAAACCCAGAGUCAGAUAUAGGGAUAAAUGCUGAAAGAUCAGAGAGACAAAGGAGCAAGCCACUGCCACUUAUUACCUCACCAGUUCCUCAACCUGAAAGGGGUGUUUCUGUGUUGUGCCCCCCCCCAAUCUUAUAUUCCUCUCUCUGCCCAGUCAUGUCACUUCCUGUUUCCACUUCCCUAGUGUUGGGAUUAAAGGCAUGAGCCUCUCAAAUACUGGGAUCAAAGACAUGAGAUUCCAAGUGCUGGGAUCAAAGGCAUGAGCCUCUACCGCCUGGCUCUGUUUCUCUUUUAGAGUGGAUCAAUCUUAUGUAGCCCAGGGUGGUCUUGAACUCCUGAUUUGCCUGCUUCCUCCACCCAAGUGCUGAGAUUAAAGGUAUGUGCCACCACUGCCUGGCCUCUAUGGUUAACUAAUGGCUAGCUCCGCCCUCUGAUCUCCAGGCAAGCUUUAUUUGUUAGAGCACAACAAAAUAUCACCCCAGUAGUCACUUUUCAUUGGCCUUGAUCUACCACUCAAUGUGUAAUGCUCUUUCACUUGGAGGUUGAGGGACAUAAGUCAGAAUUCAGUGCCUUGGUCAGGCCUGAAACAAGCUAGAAAUUGGAAGCCUGUCCCACUCAAUAUCCUGAGGAACAAGUCCAAAUGUUGGAGACUGUCCUCUGAGUCAUGCCUUGCUGCUCUACGUGUGAGCAGGGAGCGGGCAAGCACAGCAUUGUGACUUUUUCUCCUGUCUACCACUCUGCUGGGAAUUGAACCCAGGCCUCACACGUCUAAGAACUUGUCCCCUGAAGCUGUGUUCCCAGGCCUUGCUAUUCUUUUUAAUGUUCCUGCUCUCCAUCUGUCAUCGUCCUGAGUGCUACAACUCAGCAACAGUUGGUGGGUUCCUCCCGAAAGUCUGUUCUGGCAUAGCUUGUCUUGGUCAGCACUCUACCGUACAUUUCCAUCGGGAGUAUUUGGAUCUUCCUGUAUUUCUGAGGGAUUGGCAGUGUUUUCUUCGUAUUCCAUUGGGUGGCUUGAUCAACUUGAAAUUCAUGAGUUAGGAAAAGAACACUGAAAAGAAAUCCAUUCAGCUCCCACUUAAUAUGCAGAAUGCAUUGGGGUGUACUGGGAAUAAGGAUUAAGACUGAAAACAACUAAGUGUAUUUUGGUUUCAUUCAUGUAUCUGAGCUAUUCAUGGAAUUCAUAUUUUAAAGAAAAUUUACUGCAGUGGACAAACGGCUGAAAAUUGUAAACUAUAGCUCAGAAAACAUAAAAAGGGAAAUGUUAAUAUAGAAAUGAACAGCUGCCACACUGUUAUUUUUUAUUUUCUUUCAUGCUCCUCCGUGGUGUCCAUAGAAAGAGCCAAAGUGCCCUCUUCCCACAAAUGCACGGUCUGCACAGUUGCACAGUUUUCCUGUUGUCAGCCAGGAACACGUCCUGGUGCUUCUUCCCACACAUAGCCCCCGUUUCCACUCUUGCCACAGCAGAACAUGCUGUCAUUCAAGGAUGUGGCCAUUAAUUUCUCUGCAGAGGAGUAUGAAUGCCUGGACUCUGCUCAGUGGAAUCUGUACAGGGAUGUGAUGCUCGAGAUUUACAGCAACCUUGUGUUCCUGGGCCUUUCUUUCUCCAAGCCAUUACUGGUCAGAUUUCUGGAGAAAAACCAAGAGCUUCGGAAUGUGAAGAGUCACGCAGCAGCUGUGCGCCCAGGAAAGAAACCUUAUAAAUGUAAAGAAUGCGGCAAAGCCUUUGCUAAGAACUCAAUUCUUACUUAUCAUCUGAGAAUUCAUACCGGAGAGAAACCCUACAAGUGUGAUAAAUGUGGCAAAGCCUUUUCAGUGCCUUACACACUUCAUAAUCACCAGAAAGUUCACACUGGAGAGAAACCCUACAAGUGUGAUGUAUGUGGCAAGGCCUUUACUGUGCCUUCCACACUUAUUAACCACCAUAAAAUGCAUACCGGAGAGAAACCCUACAAGUGUGACGUAUGUGGCAAGGCCUUUUCUUUGCCUUCCACACUUACUAACCACCAGAAAAUUCACACUGGAGAGAAACCCUAUGAGUGUGAAGUAUGUGGCAAAAAGUUUUCCAGUCCUGCAGACUUUAAAAAACACCAAAGAGUUCAUACUGGAGAGAAACCUUACAAGUGUGAAGAAUGUGAAAAACCCUUUAGUAGUCUUUCAGACCUUAGUAGACACAAAGUUGUUCAUACUGGAGAGAAACGUUACACCUGUGAAAAAUGUGGCAAAGCCUAUAAUAGGAGUCACCACCUUAAUCGACACAAGCAGGCUCACACUGGACAGAAAUCCUAUAAGUGCAAAGAAUGUGGCAAAAUGUUUUACUAUGCUUCAGGCCUUAAAAGACAUCAAAGAAUUCAUUCUGAGGAGAGGCCCUAUGAGUGUGAGGAAUGUGGCAAAACCUUUCCCUGUCCUUCAGAUGUUACUCAACAUGCGAGAACCCAUAAGAGAAUGAAGCAAUACACCUGUGAAAAAUGUGGUGAGUGCUUUACUAUUCAAACAACCUUUUCCAAUCUCCGUAAAAUUCGUCUUGAGGGAAAACCAUCUGAAUGUGAAAGAUGUCGAAAGAGCUUUUAAAGGCUCUUAGUAAAACACACGAAGUGUUCAAACAACUAGCCUGCAAAUGUGAAAGAUGUGGCAACUGUUUUGUGUGUCCUUUAGUUGUUGCUCAACCUCACACAAUUCACACCUGAGAGAAACCCUGCAUGUGUGCAGAAAAGGACCAGAGGUUAGCUAUUCCUGUGUCUUGUGUACAAGCAUUGGCAAGUCUGUUCUGAUGAGGGAGCCCACAAAAGCAAUCAAUUUGGCAAGUUCUUUACCUGUUCUUUGCACCUUAAGUAUCGCCCCUUCAUACUGCGGAGGCACUCUCCAUGUACAACAAGCAUUGUGCCAAAGCCUUGACUAAUACUUCGUCUUCAUCACCACCAAAGAACUGACAUAGGUGAGAAACUCUGCAGAUGUCCUUGUUAGCUUUAAGUGUCAACUUCACAUAGCCUAUCAUUAUCUGAGGGACUUUGAACUAGGUAUUUGACUCAAUUGGAUUAGCCAAUAGGCAUGUCUUUGGGGACAUUUUCUUGAUUUUUAAGUGAUGUACAUUAGUCUAUCCAAGGAUAAGGAGUGCCACCCCAGGGCAAAUGUUCAAAGCUAUAUAAAAAUUCUUGGUGAGCACAAGCAUGAUGGAGCAAGGAAGAAGCUGUUCCAUAAACAGUUUUCCAUAAACGUAUUUCAUUGCUACUUUUUAACUGUAAUUUUGCUAGUUAUGCUUUGUAAUGUAAGUGUCUGAUAUGCAGAUGGUCUCAGGUGACCCCUGUGAAAGGGUGGUCUGACCCUACAGGUUGAGAACAGCUACUCUGGUUUCUGCUUUAGUUGCUGCUCUGACUUCCCUCGAUGAUGAACUAUAACCUUUAAGCUGAAACAGAGCUCUCUUCCCCUAAGUUGUUUGUGGUCGUGGCAUUUGCCAUGGGAAGAGAAAUCAAAGUAAGAAAGCAAUGAAUGUGGGAAGCUUUCAUUCUUCUGUCUACUUCAGCUGUCACCAGACUGUACGGGAGAUAAUGUCACACAGCCUUUACGUUUGUUCAACCUUCACUGGCCACUGGAGCAUUCACACUGGAGAAAAGCCCUAUUUAUGGAAAGAAUAUGACAAGGACUAGAAAGGAACUUGGUGAAAGUUAUUGGAUAGCUGUUGAACAGAUUCCAAUCUCCUGCAAUGUUUUCAAUUUGUGCGUAAGAGAAACCCUGCAAAUCUAAGUGUUAAGAGACAUUGUUUAUUCUUCGUAUAUCAGAGAGUUUGUUUUGUUGAGAAACCAUAUAUAUAUGACAUACCUCCUCCAACAAGGCCACAUCUCCUAAUCCUUUCUAAACAGUCCACCAACUGAGAACCAAGCGUUUAAAUAUAUGUAUGAGCCUAUGGGUCCAUUUGUACUCAAACCACAACGGUAAUGGACAAUAGCCUUCAACCAGGAGCCAGAUUAAACUCUCCUUAAAGCUGCUCAUGGACUUUAUCACAGCAAUUGGAAAAGUUACUAAUAAAAAUAAUAAAAGUGUCCAUUCAACAUUUGA